AUACAUAUAUAUUUAUCCCAAAAACAAAAAUUGUUUCAUAAAAUUAUAUACUUAUCUAUCAAACCAAGCGACUAAAAAUAUUUUAAUGCAACAUACAUACCGUAACAUUCUGAACAAAAUAAAUUUUCCAUUGAUCGUGUCUGGAAAAGUCUAAGUCGCAGCAAUGCUUAAUAAAUAUGUACUUAUUUCAUCCAUGUUUCUGAUGACGCGAUUUGUAGUAUAAAUAGGCAAUUAAAUCAAUUUUUUGCUUUCUAAUCUAAUUGAGAUGCUAAACGAAAAUUUGACAAAAACACAUACACACGCGCGAGCGCGCGCGAGUACGAAAGAUUCGAUCUUUGACUUGGAAAUGGUACGCGAUAGAUACUGACCAUUGACGCAUUCGCAUCUCGCAACCGCGUGCCGCGCGUUGUUUACGUAUUUAACCUAGUCUAACUUUACCUAACUUCACGGUCAUGGAUUAUAUGGAUAUGGAUGCGCACGCAGCGCGCGCCCACGCUUGCCAGCUGUUCAACGGAACUGUUCAACAAGGCGCGUAACAAGCGUGUUUGUUUUGCGUUUCGCGUUCGUGACAACGUUCGGACCGCGAAACAGCGGAAGUGCAAUAUCCGUCGCAAACAAGAAUCGAGUUAUUCGAGCUGAAGAAUAGUAUGGCUGGCAUCGUGCCGCUGUCUGGCAGGUCCGGCAGAAAACAGUGGACGCUGCACGAUGGACCAAAAGGUUCUCUUAGACGAUUACGUUCUCGAUUGGCGGAAGACGGCUGUCCAGAAUCUCAAGUGAUUUUGGCUAAGCAAUUAUUGGAAGAACGAUGCGAUCUUGAUGUUGAUAAAGAAGAAAACGCAAAAUUGGGCGUUUAUUGGUUGACAAAAGCCUCGGAGCAGGGAAAUCUAGAGGCAACUGACAUUCUUAGAAAGUGCUUAGACACAGGCCGUGGUAUUACGGAGCAUAACUAUUACGACGUAAAAAGUUGUCUAGACAUGACGCAGGAUGAAAAGUUAGCUAGAAGAGCAGCGAGGGAAAUGUUCAUGAGCCUAUCAAAUGGCGAGGACUUUAUCACCACCGAACAACUGCAAAGACGUAUGAGAAGUUUAUCGUCUUCAUCGACCAGUAACCAUGACUAUUCUCAAUCAAAUAUUACUUCUCACAACAACUUGUCACAAAACAGAUCAAAUGAUAAUGACGAUAAUGAUUGCUUCUCCAGAAAGGGGCUUCCUGAUGAUUCUCCAAUUUCGAAAAACCAAGAUCGGACAAAUGAUAUUCAAAAUCUGGCAGACCAUCAAGGUGAAAAGAUCACAGAGGCUGUUCUGGUCUCCGCGGCUGCGAGUUAUGCACGCGGAAUGCUUCCAGUAGUAUCACACGCUCUCUGUAUGGUGGAUCCUUCUGAACUGGCACUAGACACAAUACCGUUGCUGCAGAGACCAUUCGUCCAUCCGUUCAUAUCAUUGAAGCGUUUUUACAGUUGGCUGAUCGAGACUUUGGGUCACAGAGGGACAUCGAUGAGAAACAUUCUCUUCACGUCGAACUUACACAUUUUCUUAUUACUCUUACUGUACUCCUUAUUCGGCACAGAAAGUCUAAUACUUUUUAUACCUACGGCCCUCUACUAUCUAUCAUUCAUAGCGAUGGUAGUGGCGACAUUUCAAAUGCUCCAGCGGAAACGCGAAUUCAAUGAUUUUCGCGCUUGGUCCGGCCUAUUUCUGAGUUAUUCGGGCGGAAAUCUGAAUCCUGAAGAGGCGGAAUAUCAAUUUUGCCGCAACAAUCUGAAACCUCACGGACACUUCUUUCUCGCGUUGUUGCUAAAUCUAAUAAUUUAUCCUCUGAUAGCUCAUCAGUGGACCCCACAAUCUGAAUUUACAGUAAUAGCGGUCGCGUUGACUCUCAUCACGCUUUUCAAUUUUAUGUGGAAAGACUCCUCGCCCGACUUCCUAGCCCUGUUCAGUUUUGGCGUACAUGUCCUCGCGAAGUAUCCUUACGAGACGGAUAUGGUUGUUGCGCAAGGUUGGAGAUUCUUGGACGUCAGAGUCCCAACAUUCGCAUCUUACGUUGUCGGCAACGGCAUAGAGUUCUGUCUCAACUUUCGCGCCGUAUUUUAUCUUCUGAUACCAGCGGUCUUCGCGAAAAUGGCUGCGAGAGAUGGCUGGCGCGGAACGUAUCGAACUCUGAUACCCCAUUGUGUUACUCUGAGCUGGUGGCAAAUAGCAAUUUUCAGUUCUCAAGGCGCCACAUGGUACGGCUUGAUCAGAGGUGCCCUCGCACUAGUUGGCAUGGUCCUCUUCCUUCCAAUAGCCGGUAUAGCUUCCGUCAUUUUACCGAUCAUAGCAAUUGCAAAGUAUUUGUCAGAAAAUGACCUGGCAAUGAGAAUAGUAGUCACCACUGUACUCGGAGGAAUGCCAAUUUUGGCUUCAUGGUAUCUGAGGAAAAUUAGAGCAUCAAGAUUUAAUUGGAUCAUUACGCUCGUUCAAAUCAUGCUUGGCGUUGGCGCUGCCACAUUCUUAUCGUGGCCGAUGAUAAUGGAAUAUAAACAAGAUUCCUAUGAAAUAUCUUAUGAAAUGAUUUCUAGUUUAACAUGGGAUCAAUAUCGGAACUACUGUCAUCAACCUGCAUGGGAAGAAGUGUCAUCGAAAGCGCAAGUGCAGAUGCAAUGCGCCCAAUUGGAAGGCAUACCCGUUUCGUGGGAAGGGUACGUGACGAAUGUUAGAUUAAAAUCGAUAAAAAACAAUAUCGCGAACAUAUUAAAUAGAUUACCUGAUAACAUUAGAUCGAUACUCAGUUGUAUGUACGGGGAACCGUACGAGGAAAAUUGUAAUUCGGGCGACGACACUCGUAAAAAGAAUUGCAAGCACGUCACGAGCAUUCAGAAACGAAGGAGUAAGUGUCACUUACCGGCUUGGGAUCGGUAUGAAUUUGAAAUUUCUGUCAAGAUGAAAAACGGUGGGUGGGGAAGUACAACGGAGAUACGUCUUGUUGCGGAUCAUUCUUUUACCAACUUUAGUUUAAGCAUAUAUCCCGGCGACAAGAUCUGGUUUUCCGGUGUACUUCUCAAUAAUGGCUUAGAAAAAGAAUCUCUUCUUGGUGGCACCAAACCGCACAUUGAUCUGGAAGAAGCAGGAUGCCUCGCGUGCAACUUCCUUAAUCUGACAACAUCUUACAAACGUUAUAGAUAUCGUAUAAGUUUAAGCUCUAUUAUCAGAGAUCUUUGUCUCAGUAUAAAGACUGUAUUAAACUUUCUGUUAAAUCCGAUUGUGAUGUUCAAGUGAUCAGAACGAUCUACGUUAUUCAAUUCUUUUAGACUUCUUUCAACUUCUUACAUUUAAUUUUGUACUAUUUCCAUAUAUUUAAUUAUUAUUAUUGUUUGAUUAAUAUUAUUUAUCUUAAAAACGAAUUAUUCUACUAAAUAAACUAAAUAAAACUAUGAACUAAAUUGUGAAAGUAAAAAUUUUCAAAUUAGAAACAAGAAAUCAGUUUAUAUACAAUUAAUUUACUAAGAAAAUACAUCUUUAUAAAGUAUAAAUAUGCAAUGAAUAUUGUAAUACAAUUGUCUUGAGAAGACAUCUUUCAGUAUAUUAAAAAUUUAAUAUGAUAAUCAUUUUAUUAUAAUAUUAUCGUUUACAGAAGCGUGUUAUACACAAUAUAGCACUAAAAUAUAUUAUACUGCAAAAUAUAUAGCGUAUUAUAUUUGACACAUUAUAUAUAUAUAUAUAGUAUAAGAUAAAUUGAAAGAAGAACUAUGUUAAGUAUAUAAGCAGUAUUUCUUCGAUGUUUAACACACAUGUACCUGUGUGUGUAAUAUAAAAGUAGAAAAUAGUGCAAAUGUUUUGAUGUUACCGAACGCCUCAGGCAAUAUACAUUAGGCUUUCAUGAGCAAAUCGUAAUCUGCUUCAGAAUAUUAACAUAUAUUUUAAGAUCGAUAUAUUUUCCUAAGCACUUACUGCCAAUAAGAGAGAGAGAGAGAGAGAGAGAGAUUAACGUUUGAUAUUUUUGUAUUCCGUUUUUGGACAAUGAUUAGAAUAGACAUCGUUUCAAUCUUGUUUUAAUGAUGUAAUUGCAUUUUUUUAUUAGAUUUAUAACGUACAUUAUCAUGAUAAAGUUUUAGUUGAAUCAGGAGGCAGUAUGCAAAUUGAUAUAAUCUUAGAUUAUAUUUAAUAAUCUAUAGUUAUAAAAAAAACGAAAGAAAAAAAUAUGAUAUUCCUAUAGAAACUUGUGUAGUAUUGACUAUGCUAAUUGAACUAUCUUAAAAUUCAAUAUUACCUGAAUGAUACAUCUUUUAAGGAAUAUUGAAAAUAUAUAUACAGUACAAACAAUUUACUUUGUAUAUUGAUGUUAAGUGUUUAGAUAACUAUUAACAAGUAUAUCUGUCUGUAGAGUUAAGGAUGACAGUUUUGUCAUUGUAUCGCACAUAGAUAAUAGGAACCAGGACUGUAAAAAAAGAGAUAAGACAGAUAUAGAUGUGCCUUGGUGUUUUUUGUUUGAAUAAUUUUAUUGUUGAUAUUAAAAGUACUCUAUUUGCCUCUUCAAAGCAAAACAAAUUAAUUAAAUGCAUUGAAACACCAUGAACUGUUGCAUUUUAACGUGCAAAUGUAUAUUUUUGUCAUCAACAACAUAUUAAGAAAUAUAAAACAAAAUUCAAAAUAUUGUCUUACUCCAAUGUAAGUUCUAAUACCUCAAACAUAUGUGCGCGUGCGCGCACAUACACACCCAAUCACACUCACAUCUAUUAUGAAAAAAAAACAAAGACUUAUCAUUUAUAAUUAUAGACAUAUUUAUUUUGUAUUUGGCAACAAAUAAUGAUAUACAUUAUUGUUUCGAAUGAUAACAUCAUAUCGAUAACAAGACAAUCGCUUAUUAAAUGGUUUGGUUCUCUCUUUCUUAAUUUCCAUAUAAAAGAAUUUUAUAUUAUUCAUUCAUUUUAUAUAUCGAAAUACAUUAAAGAAUCCACCAUACUGCACUUUCUUCACAUUGUACUUUCAUGCAAUGUUAGGUCCAUUCUAACAUUACAUAAUUUGUAUGAUCAAUAUAGUCUGUUUAAAAUUGUAGAUACAUAUAAUCUGCAAAAAGUUGUUAGCCCAAACUUUAUGCAAUAUGGGAGCUUCGGGUAUAAUAUUAAUUUCCCUUAUGUACAGAUACAAAAUCUAUAUUAAUAAAGUCUUUUUCACUAUAUUUAAUCUGUAUUUGCAAAUAAUUACCUAAUAAAAAAAAAGAGAAAAGCAAACUACAGAGAGAUCAGAUAAAAUAAUUUUUUCGUUUUCCUGAGGAAAUAUUAUUUUUAUUUGUGAUGUAUUUCCUUAAACAUUUAAAAAAUCAUCGAAUUGUAGAAUCAAUUUACAUUCCGAUUUGGCAAAAGUUUCAGAAAAAAGAUAUAUUGCGGUAAAGGUUUUAAAAUUAAAGUGCAUGAGUUUUUCCAAGAUCUUUCUAAUAUAAUUAACAAUAUACACAUAUGAUACAUUUAAGUUAAUUAUUAUCUCUUUCCAAUAUAUCUUUUUUACAAAUCAAGUAUAUAAGAAAUUGUUUUGUCAAAUUCCUUGUGGCAUGUUGUGAGAAAUAACUUUGGUUUAUAAGAACUAUAUAAUAAAUACAUAUUUUUAGGUAAAUAUUAUAAAAUUAAAUUAGCAUAUAUUAAAAUCCAAUUAAUAACAAUUGACAAUCAAUUUAAUCUACAAAUUCUGAGACAACAUUCUGUAAAUGUUUGAAUUGUUAGAAUAUUUGCAUAGAUACACAUUUCUCCUUUACUCCGAAGACUUUUACUCUUGCAACAAACAUUUAUGUAAUAAAUUUAUGCUAGAUUUCUACUAUUUGGAAAAAAAAAAAAAAAAGAGAGAGAGAGAGAAAA